CAAACUAGGAGGGGCUUGAUACGGUGGAGGCAGGACUGCUACUGCUUACACUGUGAUUGUGUGUACAUCCACUUCAACCCGCAUGCACUAACGAUUGACAGAUUUCAGCUGUAAAACCUGCUGAAAUCCUUGGGCAUUUUAUGCUUCAGCAAUAAGGUGUGUAGGUUGGCGACGCCAAUACACCACCAAUCAAGAUGGUGGCCCUUUCACUGAAGAUCUGUGUCCGCCAGUGCAAUGUGGUGAAGACCAUGCAGUUUGAGCCCUGCACUCCUGUGUAUGAUGCCUGUAGGAUCAUCAGGGAGAGGGUUCCGGAAGCCCAGACUGGCCAAGCCUCUGAUUAUGGCCUGUUUCUCUCUGAUGAUGAUCCCAGAAAAGGAAUCUGGCUGGAGUCUGGGAGAACUCUGGAUUAUUACAUGCUCCGGAACGGGGAUGUCUUGGAGUACAAAAAGAAACAGAGGCCCCAGAAGAUCAAGAUGCUGGAUGGGGCAGUUAAAACUAUCAUGGUGGAUGACUCUAAAACUGUGGGAGAGCUGCUUGUAACCAUAUGCAGUAGAAUAGGAAUCACCAACUACGAGGAGUACUCCCUGAUCCAGGAAGCGGUGGAGGAGAAGAAGGAGGACGGUCAUGGGACUGGCACCCUGAAGAAGGACCGGACUCUGCUCCGAGACGAAAGGAAGAUGGAGAGGCUCAAAGCCAAGCUUCACACUGACGAUGACCUGAACUGGCUGGACCACAGCCGGACCUUCAGAGAGCAAGGGGUGGAGGAGAGCGAGAUGCUGUUGCUCAGACGCAAGUUCUUCUACUCAGAUCAGAAUGUGGACUCACGAGACCCUGUCCAGCUCAACCUCCUCUAUGUACAGGCCAGAGAUGACAUACUGAAUGGCUCCCACCCUGUUUCAUUUGAUAAAGCCUGUGAGUUUGCUGGCAUUCAGGCCCAGAUCCAAUUUGGCCUCCACGUCGAACACAAACACAAGACUGGAUUCCUAGACCUUAAGGAGUUUCUACCCAAAGAGUACAUCAAGCAGAGAGGUUCAGAGAAGAAAAUAUUUGUGGAUCACAAAACCUGUGGAGAAAUGACAGAGAUUGAGUCCAAAGUAAAUUAUGUGAAACUAGCGAGGUCCCUUCCGACAUAUGGGGUCUCCUUCUUCCUGGUGAAGGAAAAGAUGAAAAGCAAGAAUAAGCUGGUCCCACGGUUACUGGGGAUAACCAAAGAGUCGGUGAUGCGGGUUGAAGAGAAGACUAAAGACGUGGUUCAGGAAUGGCCCCUAACCACGGUGAAGAGAUGGGCUGCUUCUCCGAAGAGCUUCACCCUGGAUUUUGGGGAGUACCAGGAAAGUUACUACUCUGUUCAGACCACAGAGGGGGAACAGAUCUCUCAGCUGAUUGCAGGAUACAUCGACAUCAUUCUCAAAAAGAAGCAGAGUAAGGAUCAUUUUGGUUUGGAAGGAGAUGAAGAGUCCACCAUGCUGGAGGAAUCUGUCUCUCCAAAGAAGUCGACCAUCCUGCAGCAGCAGUUUAACAGGGUGGGUCGUGUGGAGCAUGGCUCGGUGGCACUGCCAGGUAUCAUCCGCUCCGGGUCCAUUGGUGGCCCUGACAACACCUUCAACAUGGGCACCAUGCCCGCUGCCCAGCAGCAGAUCACCACAGGGCAGAUGCACAGAGGACAUAUGCCCCCGCUGAGCUUGGCCCAGCAGGCCCUGAUGGGGACCAUUAACACCAGUAUGCAGGCAGUGCAGCAGGCCCAGGCUGAUCUGGGGGAGGUAGAUAACCUGCCUCCUCUUGGACAGGACAUGGCGUCCAGAGUUUGGGUUCAAAACAAAGUGGAUGAGUCCAAACAUGAAAUCCACUCUCAAGUCGAUGCCAUAACUGCCGGAACCGCAUCUGUGGUCAAUCUUACUGCAGGUGACCCUACAAAUACAGACUACACAGCGGUUGGCUGUGCCAUCACCACCAUCUCCUCCAACCUGACAGAGAUGUCUAGGGGGGUGAAGCUGCUGGCAGCGCUGGUGGAGGACCAGGUGGGCAGUGGGCAGAACCUGAUGGGAGCUGCCAGGACCCUGACAGGGGCCGUCUCUGACCUGCUCAGGUCUGUGGAGCCUCCAGCUGGAGAGCCCAGACAGACGGUGCUGACUGCAGCAGGAAGUAUAGGCCAGGCCAGCGGAGACCUGCUGCAUCAUAUGGGGGAGGGCGAGACCGACGAGAGGUUCCAGGACAUUCUAAUGAGCCUGGCCAAAGCGGUGGCCAACGCAGCUGCCAUGAUGGUCCUCAAGGCCAAGAAUGUGGCCCAGGUGGCAGAGGACACAGUGUUGCAGAACCGAGUGAUUGCAGCUGCUACUCGGUGUGCCCUUUCCACCUCACAGCUGGUGGCCUGCACCAAGGUGGUGAGCCCCACCAUCAGUUCUCCGGUGUGCCAGGAGCAGCUGGUUGAGGCAGGGAAGCUGGUGGACCGCUCAGUGGAGAGCUGCGUCAAGGCCUGCCUGUCUGCAACAGACGACAGUGAGCACCUGAAGCAGGUAGGUGCCGCGGCCAACACUGUGAGCCAGGCACUCAGUGACCUGCUGCAGCACGUACGCCACUAUGCCAGCUGUGGUGAGCCCAUCGGACGUUACGACCAGGCCACAGACACCAUCAUGACCGUCACCGAGAGCAUCUUCACCUCCAUGGGAGACGCAGGGGAGAUGGUGCGUCAGGCCAGGGUGCUGGCUCAGGCCACUUCUGACCUGGUCAAUGCCAUGAGGUCAGAUGCUGAGGCCGAGGUGGACGUGGACAACUCAAAGAAGCUCCUGGCUGCAGCCAAACUCCUGGCUGAUGCCACAGCCAGGAUGGUAGAUGCUGCUAAGGGAGCUGCAGCUUACCCAGAGAAUGAGGACCAGCAGCAGAGGCUGAGAGAGGCAGCAGAGGGGUUACGUGUUGCCACUAACGCUGCAGCUCAGAAUGCGAUCAAGAAGAAGCUGGUCAACAGGCUGGAGAUUGCUGCUAAGCAGGCUGCGGCUGCUGCUACUCAGACCAUCGCAGCUGCCCAGAAUGCUGCUGUGUCCAAUAAGAACACUGCCUCUCAUCAACAACUAGGACACAGCUGCAAGGCAGUGGCAGACCACAUCCCUCAGCUGGUCCAGGGGAUGAGGAGUAGUCAGGCUCAGCCAGAGGAACUCAGUGCCCAACUAGCCCUGAUAAUGGCCAGCCAGAGCUUCCUACAGCCUGGCAGUAAGAUGGUGACGUCUGCAAAGUCAACUGUCCCCACAGUGAUGGACCAGGCUGCAGCGAUGCAACUUGGCCAAUGUGCCAAGAACCUGGCUACCUGCCUAGCUGAGCUACGGACAGCCACCCAAAAGGCCCAUGAAGCCUGUGGUCCUCUGGAGAUAGACUCUGCUCUCAGUGCUGUCCAAACUCUCAGGAGUGAGCUUCAAGAUGCCAGGAUGGCUGCGCACGAUGGGCAGCUCAAACCACUUCCUGGGGAAUCGCUAGAGAAGUGUGCCCAGGACCUGGGUAGUACCUCCAAGGCUGUUGGCUCCUCUAUGGCCCAGCUGCUGACCUGUGCUGCACAGGGCAAUGAGCACUACACAGGAGUGGCUGCCAGAGAGACUGCCCAGGCCUUGAGGACACUGGCCCAGGCAGCCAGAGGUGUUGCUGCCAGCACUAAGGAACCCCAGUCUGCGGGGGCCAUGUUGGAUUCUGCCCAGUACGUCAUGGAGGGCUCUGCCAUGCUCAUCCAUGAGGCUCACCAGGCCCUGGUCUCCCCCGGUGACGCAGAGAGUCAGCAAAGGCUAGCACAGGUGGCCAAGGCAGUGUCCCACUCUCUGAAUAACUGUGUGAACUGCCUGCCUGGCCAGAAGGAUGUGGACAUGGCCCUAAGAAGCAUCGGAGAGGCCAGUAAGAAGCUGCUGGUGGACACUCUCCCCCCCUGCAGUAAGUCCUUCCAGGACGCUCAGAGUGAGCUGAACCAUACUGCUGCAGAGCUCAACCACUCAGCAGGAGAUGUGGUCCAUUCCUCCCGGGGUACCAGCAGCCAACUGGCCGUGGCUUCUGGGAAAUUCAGUGAGGACUUUGAUGAGUUCCUGGACGCCGGCGUUGAGAUGGCUGGACACACUCAAUCCCAAGAGGACCAAAUCACAGUGAUUGGCAACCUGAAGAACAUCUCCAUGGCCUCCAGCAAGCUCCUUCUGGCCGCCAAGUCUCUGUCAGUGGAUCCUGGAGCAGCUAACGCCAAGAACCUGUUAGCUGCAGCAGCAAGAGCGGUGACAGAGAGCAUUAAUCAGCUCAUCACACUGUGUACCCAGCAGGCACCGGGCCAGAAGGAGUGUGACAACGCUCUGAGAGAACUGGAGGCUGUGAGAGGAUUGCUGGACAACCCCAGUGAGCCUGUCAGUGAGCUCUCCUACUUUGACUGCAUUGAGAGUGUCAUGGAGAACUCAAAGGUUCUUGGAGAGUCCAUGGCGGGGAUUUCUCAGCACUGUAAGACGGGCAAUGUGCCAGCGUUUGGCGAUUGUGUGGGAGUGGCAUCCAAGGCCCUGUGUGGGUUGACGGAGGCGGCUGGACAGGCCUCCUACCUAGUGGGUGUGUCCGAUCCAAACAGCCAAUCUGGUCAAGAGGGUCUGGUGGAUCCGAUCCAGUUUGCCCGGGCCAACCAGGCUAUUCAGAUGGCCUGUCAAAACCUGGUGGACCCAGCCAACAGCCCCUCUCAGGUUCUGUCCGCAGCGACGAUUGUAGCCAAGCAUACCUCAGCUCUUUGCAAUGCCUGCCGCCUGGCCUCGUCCAAGACAUCCAACCCUGUGGCCAGGAGACACUUUGUUCAGUCAGCCAAAGAGGUUGCAAACACCACGGCCAACCUUGUGAAAACUAUAAAGGCCUUGGAUGGGGAUUUCUCAGAGGAGAACAGAAACAGGUGCCAUGUUGCUACAACUCCACUUAUCGAGGCUGUAGAGAAUCUAUCCACAUUUUCCUCCAACCCGGAGUUUGCUAGUAUCCCUGCACGGAUCAGCAAUGAGGGCUCUGUAGCCCAGGAGCCCAUCAUGCGUUCAGCCUGCUCCAUGCUGGACAGCUCCACCCUGCUCCUGGAGACUGCCCGCUCGCUCAUCAUCAACCCCAAAGACCCGCCCACCUGGUCCAUCCUGGCUGGGCACUCCCGCACCGUCUCUGACUCCAUCAAGAGCCUCAUCACCUCCAUCAGGGACAAGGCACCAGGGCAGAGAGAGUGUGACUUCUCCAUUGAUAACAUCAACAAGUGUAUCCGGGACAUCGAGCAGGCUUCUCUAGCUGCUGUGGGCCAGAGCCUACAGGGAUGUAGGGAUGACAUAUCUUUGGAAGCUUUGCAGGAGCAGCUGACAUCGUCGGUGCAGGAGAUUGGACAUCUCAUCGAUCCUAUCAAUACUGCAGCCAGGGGUGAAGCUGCCCAGCUGGGACACAAGGUGACCCAGCUGGCCAGCUACUUUGAGCCCCUUAUUGUGGCGUCUGUUGGCCUGGCCUCUAAGAUCGUGGACCAGCAGCAGCAGAUGAACAUCCUGGACCAAACUAAGACCCUGUCAGAGUCCGCCCUGCAGAUGCUUUAUGCAGCCAAGGAGGGAGGUGGAAACCCUAAGGCGGCCCACACCCACGACGCCAUAUCAGAGGCUGCCCAGCUGAUGAAGGAGGCUGUGGACGACAUCAUGGUGACUCUGAACGAGGCGGCCAGUGAGGGCGGCAUGGUGGGAGGCAUGGUGGAGGCUAUCGCUGAGGCCAUGGGCAGGUUGGAUGAGGGCACUCCCCCUGAACCAGAAGGAUCCUUUGUGGAUUACCAGACCACCAUGGUGAAAUACUCCAAGGCCAUCGCCAUCACAACUCAGGAGAUGAUGACUAAGUCUGUGACAUGUCCAGAGGAGCUGGGUGGCCUGGCCUCGCAGGUGACUGUAGACUACAGCCAGUUAGCCCACCAAGGUCACCUGGCAGCUGCCACCGCAGAACCAAAAGAGGUGGGCUUCCAGAUCAAGACGCGGGUCCAGGAGCUGGGCCAUGGAUGUAUCUACCUGGUUCAGAAGGCUGGAGCCCUGCAAAUGAGCCCCACUGACAGCUUCUCCAAGAGGGAGCUCAUUGAGUGUGCCCGUGCCGUCACUGAGAAGGUUGCCAGGGUGCUGUCUGCACUGCAGGCAGGUAACAAAGGUACUCAGGCCUGCAUCACAGCAGCUAGUGCUGUGUCUGGCAUCAUCGCGGACCUCGACACCACCAUCAUGUUCGCCUCGGCCGGAACACUCAACCCUGAGAACGAAGAGACCUUCGCUGACCACAGGGAGAGCAUUCUGAAGACAGCCAAGGCUCUGGUGGAGGACACUAAGCUGCUGGUGUCUGGGGCAGCAUCCAGUCAGGACAGACUGGCCCAGGCUGCCCAGUCCUCAGUCAAGACCAUCACCAUGCUCACUGACGUGGUCAAAAUUGGAGCCACCAGCAUGGGCUCUGACGACCCAGAGACUCAGGUGGUCCUCAUUAAUGCGGUGAGAGACGUGGCCAAGGCUCUAGCUGAGCUCAUCAGCGCUACCAAGUGUGCUUCAGGCAAGCCAGCUGAUGACCCGUCCAUGUAUCAGCUGAAGAGUGCUGCCAAGGUGAUGGUUACCAACGUGACGUCCCUGCUGAAGACUGUGAAGGCUGUGGAGGAUGAGGCUACUCGCGGGACGAGAGCCCUGGAGGCCACAAUUGAGUGCAUCAAACAGGAGUUGACAGUGUUCCAGUCCAAGGACGUCCCCGAAAAGUCGACCACACCGGAAGAGUUCAUCCGCAUGACAAAGGGCAUCACCACGGCAACGGCCAAGGCUGUGGCAGCAGGAAACUCUGCCCAGCAGGAGCACGUCAUCGCCACGGCCAACCUGAGCCGCAAAGCCAUCUCUGAUAUGCUGACCACCUGCAAGCAAGCGGCCUGUCAUCCAGAGGUGAAUGAGGAGGUGAGGAAUAAAGCCCUGCUCUACGGGUCAGAGUGCACCACUGGAUACAUCCACCUGCUGGAGCAAGUACUUCUGGUGCUCCAGAAGCCCACAGCGGAACAGAGGCAGCAGCUGGCGGUACACUCCAAGUGCGUGGCGGGGUGUGUGACAGAGCUCAUCCAGACGGCUGAGGCCAUGAAGGAUGGAGGGUCAGAAUGGGUGGACCCUGAGGACCCCACUGUCAUCGCUGAGAUUGAGCUGCUGGGAGCGGCAGCCUCCAUCGAAGCCGCAGCCAAGAAACUGGAGCAUCUGAAACCCAGAGCCAAGCCCAAGCAAGCAGAUGAGACGCUGGACUUUGAGGAGCAGAUCCUGGAGGCAGCUAAAUCCAUUGCUGCAGCCACCAGUGCCCUGGUGAAGUCUGCUUCUGUUGCCCAGAGAGAGUUGGUGGCACAGGGCAAGGUAGGAUCCAUUCUUGCCAAUGCUGUGGAUGAUGGCCAGUGGUCUCAGGGUCUCAUAUCUGCUGCUCGGAUGGUGGCGGCAGCUACUAGUAACCUGUGUGAGGCAGCCAAUGCCUCUGUGCAGGGCCACUCCAGUGAGGAGAAGCUCAUCUCUUCAGCCAAGCAGGUGGCAGCCUCCACAGCUCAGCUCCUAGUGGCCUGUAAGGUCAAAGCUCAACCGGACUCCGAGGCCAUGAGGAGACUGCAGGCUGCUGGGAACGCGGUCAAGCGGGCAUCAGACAACCUGGUGAAGGCGGCUCAGAAAGCUGCCUUUGAUAAAGCUGAUGACCACAGGGUGGUGGUCAAGACCAAGUUCGUGGGUGGCAUUGCUCAGAUCAUUGCAGCCCAGGAGGAGAUGCUGAGGAAGGAGAGAGAGCUGGAGGAGGCCAGGAAGAAGCUAGCUCAGAUCAGACAGCAGCAGUACAAGUUCCUGCCCACUGAGCUAAGGGAGGACCAGAGCUGAUUGGUCAAGAGCAAAGUAGAUGGACAUCUGAUUGGAACCUAUUGUUACACAGAGAUGUAGCUUACUCCAGCGAUUUGCUGUUUCUCUCACACACGGGUAGAGUGUAUAACGUAUUUGGGCCAGGACUGUUUCAUGAGUGGAACUAGUGUGUGUGUGUGCGUGUGCGUUUCACAGAGGAUGAUAUUGACAUUAUGACAUAAGGACCAGCUGGCUACAGCUGUGCUUUAUUAGCAGGGUUAGGACCUGCAAUCUAAAAGUUGAGACAGAUGCCCUAAUUGAUUUUAUGGUAGGAUACUCAAUAAGGACAUCACAGUUAAAUGAACAUUACUGGAUCCAAUAAUGGUAAAUACUAUGAAUACUUUAAAACCUGUAAAAGCUCAUAAAAAGGGAUAGCUCCUUCUCCAACUGGCACAGGGAUCCAUAGCUUCAGUUCCUCACACAACAUAUUAGUGUUGAUCUACUGUAGGUAUUGCAGUACUCUGAUGCAUCAUUUGAAUCAUUAGCCUGCAUGCACCAUUAUGACUUGACAGGUCUGGUAUCUUAAUUUGAUCACUCUGUUGCAGAGAAUUUUCCUACGCAGUAAGAAAUGCAAAGUGUAGUGCAUUCAAGGUUUAAAAAGGCUUCUAAAUGUUGUAAUUUCACUUAAAAUGUUAGACUUGAUUUGCCCUAAUGAAUAAUGUAUCAAUCAACCCCCACAAAAAUGCCCUUUAAUUAUAAUCCACAUAAUAAUUAAAAUGUCCUGUUGCUACAGGAUUAUUUUCCUGCUGUGAGAAGCAGGGUCAAAUUAAGAUCUGUACAUAUCAAUAAAGCCACUAACCAAUAGUUUAGCUUAGGAUUGGGCAUUUGUAAUAUGUUAGUAUAUGAAUGUGAUCUUUGGAAUUGCUGUUGAAUAAUUAAACGUUUGGAUUUUAUGUACUAUAUUUCAUGUAAUAGAACUUCAGCUUCACACCAAAUUCGUAGUGUCAGUGAGUGGGUUUGAGCGGAUAGUAAAGCCAACAGCAGACACUAGUUCAUCUCUUACAGCAUCGUAAUACCUUUUUAAAGUAAUACUUCUCUAAGUAAUAAUUCUCCCUGGUGUGUCAGUAGGGAGAUCCCUGCCUCGGCUCCCAUGUUUGGACAUUUGGCUGUCACUCAGCAGGGAGCAGUCACGGCAGAGGGCUGUUAAUGGGUUAAAUCUCAAAGUCUAUGUGCAAUCUUUUUGUCAGACUGGUAUUCUCUCCCCCAAGCCCUCAAACACUCUUUUUGGUUUUCCUGCUGCCUGCAGGAGGAGGCUCUGUUUACAUUCUUUCUCAUAUUUGUUCUCUCUUUCUUGCCUUUGUGUUUUAAUUCCAGUCUAAUUGACAGUAGCCAGAGUUUGGUUGGGAGUUCCACCACGCACGCAACAGUAAAGCUAUGCUCUGUCUGUCCGUUGCCUGUUCAGCUGGUGGUGUUUGGUUUAUACUCAGAUUCCAUUGAGGUUGGGAGGUGAGCUUGUCCUCAUGUUCAUGUUCUUAUUGUUCCUCUAACCAUAGCAACACAUUACCACUCAUUAUACUGUGUCAGACUAACAAGAGAGCAGCAUUGAUUGGAAUUGUGUAUGCAACUGUGUAUGCAGCUGUGUAUGGCUUUUCCCCUCUUAAACAUGUAGGAAACUGUAGGAUGUGGUGUAGAAUGGCACUGAGAUGGCUGGUAUAACCUUAUGCACUGAGGAGAGCAAGCAAUGCCUUCCAUGUCCAAACCAUUCAGGAUUACUACUAACGCUCCUGUCAAAUGUAUUAGUGAUGAAACCACAUACAGUACAGUCCUGACUAGGGCCGGGACGAUACCAGUAUUGCAAUACUCGUUACUAUCGUGUAAAGGAAACAAAACACAAAGCGGAUUUAACUUGUUUAGAAAAACAGCCCUAAUGUUGGAAUGAAACAUCAUUAUGUUGUCAUCCAUAGUCACAUGUAUAUAUUUUCCAAGCUAUAGCAGGCUCUUAAAGGACCAAAGAGUUUGGUCUGCUUCGUGUUUUUCAUUUUUGUAAUGGAGAAAAAUAUUGCGAUACUGGUAUCAUCCUGGCCCUAGCCCUGAGUAGGAAAAUAGUUCAUUUAUGUUAUUCCAGUAUUGGUGUAGUAUAAGGUCAUUAGUAUUGUAUCCACUCCAGCAGCUCGGUCCCUCAUUGUCAGUCUGUGGUCUGCAUUGUGUACCAGUGCCUUAAUUGAAAUCGCGCUGUAACAGCAUCUAAAGGCUUGUUCUUCUGGAUAAGAACAUGUAUCCCGUCUAACCCAAACUCUCUCUGGGCCAUUAACUAUCACCUAGUCCCAUGCCAUAACACAAUGUAUUGCCUUGGCUGGUAGCCCAUCUGCCUGCCGUAAACCAUGCUGGUAUAUAAAGUGUAUCCAUGGAUAAGUUUUAGGUUUUAGACUAUAUACAGAAAUGAAUACACACUACACUGCAUUCCAUGAGCAUGUGGCAAGUUGUUAUUGAACUCUUAAAGAUGAGAACUUGCUCUGCCUUGAAAAUCAUUCAACAUACACAUAAUCCUUAUAAAUAGGACUAAAUAACAUCCUUGUUUCAUUGUUAAACCACUAGAAAUUAAGUCUUUAUCGAUAAAUCUAACGACUAUCCUGAGAUAAGGUAUAUUGUCUAAGCAAUUUGUCUAUAAGCAUUAACUGGAAUAGGAAAAACGACUAGCUGUUAUUCAAAUGUAGGUGUUGUGCUUUCUUUAACAAACUGAAUUAAUUUCAACAGUUUAACUGAUGCUGUAUGUCUAAUAUUUAUCUUGUCACAAAAGUAUUUUUUGUAUUCACCGAAAAAUAAAUAAUUUGAAACAAACAUGG